AUGCCGGCCCUGGAGCUCCUGACGAAGGGCAUCCGGUCGUAUCAACUGCAGCGCUUCACGUCGCCCCCAUCUCGCGACGUCACCCGCGCCACCGUCAAUGAAGCCGCCGCCGAGAUCUUGAAAGUCGCGAACGAUUUCAUGAAGAACCCGUGGACGCAUGGACUCUCGCCGCCUCCCGGAGGCGCUCCAGCGCCAGCCGACGACGAGACCAAGGACGACUAG